GAGCACACCUACGACGGCAAGAGCAACGCCUGCAACCUGGCCUACAGCGCCGUGCAGGUGGAGUGCGACGUCUGCCGCGCCUGCAGCAUCGAGGCCGCGGGCUGCGGAGAGCAGGGCCCGGGCUCGGAUCCCUACGACUGCAACGCUGCCCUGGGCAACUGGUGCCGCGCCUGGUCGCCCGAGAAGAAGAUCUGGUGCUGCGACAACGAGCAGAAGGGCUGCCAGAACCCGGACAAGCCUCCAGACUGCGAUGCCGGAGCUGGCAUGUACUGGAAGAAGGUGUUCAUCUCGAACCACUGGACGUGGCAGGCCGUGGCCGUGGCCGGCGCGACGGUGAUGAGCAAACCAUAUGACUGCCACGCAG